GCUGCUGGUAAACAAGAGAAGCAGGAAUGGAGACUCCGUCGAGCUGUACCAGGGACAUACCCAGACCCGGGCGGGCAGGAACCCAGUAGAGGACCCAGGGGAUCUGUCCCAGACCCGGCAGGGCUCCUCUGGCGGAGAACCGGACCGGUUUACCGGGUUUAAUCUGCUGUUAGCUGGCUGAGAGAACAGCCUGCUGUUAGCUUAGCUGCUAGCCUCCGGGCCCGCUCCGUCUCCGGCUCUCACCGGGACUCUGCUGGCUCUCUGAGCCGACACACGGACUCUGAUCGGCGGCUGGUGAGCAGGGCAGCCUGGGGUCUGAUCCCGGACAUGUAGAGGACGGAUCCAUGGUGAGGAGCACAGGAUCUACUGGAUUUAACCUCUCCUGGUAGCAGAAAGGACGAGGACACACUGAGAGAAAAGACUUCAAGACUUCAGGUUGUGAGAUGUCCGACGUCUAGGCCCCGAGGCUGUUGGCCCUCUGAGGACGAAGCCACCAUGAAGAGUGAGGUGCCGUCUGAGGCCCCCAGCAGACAGGAGCACCUGAAGGAGCCCCUGGUGACCCCGGAGCCCAUGGAGGCAGCCAAGAGCUUCCCCCCCAGCAUGGAGGUGAUCGGGAAGGCCGGCGGAGAGUUCGAGACGCUGUGUGAGUCGAGGCAUCGGCCCCUGAGGGACUCGGGGCCCCACAGGGACUCGGAGAGGACCCUCCCCGGGCGCAGGAAAAGAAAGGGCCAACAGGCGGGGCCCUCGGACUGCUCUCUGAAGGAGGGCCACAUCAGCGAGAGCUCCCUGGCCCCCCAGCGGCCCCGAGUAGAACUGUUAGAGGCCCCCAGCGAGGACGAACACAACCACGAGUCCUCGUUCAGUGACUGUGCUUCCUCCCCGUCCUCCAGUCUGCGCUUCGGGGACUCGGACACUCUGAGCUCAGACGAGGAGGGGGAGGCCGGGGCCACGGGGGGCCAGCACAAGGCCCCCGCCGCCCUGGCGCCAGGAGGGGCCCCCGGGGCCGGCCUGCGGCCCGUCCUGGGCCGGACGCGGGGGUCCCGCUCCCAUAAGUGGGUCCGGUCGGAGGAGGCGGUGCUGCUGAAGCGCCCGUGCCUCAGCAGCCGGAGGCCCCCGCACAGGAAACGCUUCGUGAAAACGGCUCCUGGAGGAGGGCCCCGCACCCAGAAGCAGAAGGAGCGGCUCCUGCUGCAGAGGAAGAAGAGGGAGGUGAUCGCCAGCAGGAAGUACGCUCUGCUCCACAGCAGCAGCAGCUCCAGCGACGAGCUGAGCAGCGACUCUUCGUCUCCGUCGUCCACCGAAGCCGAAGACGAACUCUACGUGGACGUCAGCAGCACCAGCAGCCACAACGCCACCGCUAACGCUAACGCUAAUGCUAGCGCUGCUGUCGCCUCAGGGGCCCUGGAUGAGGACGUGGUGGUGAUCGAGGCGACUCCUGCUCCUCCUCCUGCUGUUCCUGCCAGCGAGGAGAUCAACGUCACCUCAACGGACAGCGAGGUGGAGAUCGUCACGGUCGGAGAUGGUUUCAGGUCCCGGUCCGUGGGGGGUCUGGGCAGGAUCUGGUCCAGCAGUUGCUCCCAGAAUCGUCUCCAGGAGCCUCGAGGACGCCACCGACUCUCCACCGUCAUCCAGCCGCUGCGGCAGAACGCUGGCGAGGUGGUGGACCUCACCGUGGACGAAGACGAUCUCUCCGUUGUGCCAACAACCUCUGGCAGCGUUCACCCUCAGACCGUCAGGUCGUCCUCGUCUUCAUCUUCCCAUCAUGCCUCUACCUCAGAGAUCAAUGAUGCCCCGGGUCCUUCCUCCAGCUGCCCAGGAUCAAUACCUGAAGGUCUGCACCCCCAGAGGGCCCCGGGAGGCUCCGGGCGCACCGCCACCGAGGAUGACAGCAGAGCAGGUCUGUCGGGUCCACCCGGAGACGCCGGUGGUGGCGGUGGCGCCGCCAUGCCCAGACUGCCCUCCUGCUGCCAGCAGCACUCUCCGUGUGGAGGCCCCUCCCCCGGCCACCUGACCCUGAGCCACGCCCACUCCAGCUGCCUGCAGGCGUCCUCGUCUCAGCAGAGCGGCGGCGCUCAGCACGGCCACGCCCACGGCCACAGCAUCACUCACCACUUCCUGCACCACGUCCAUCACCCGUCACCGCCGCAGGCCGCCAACCUGCCGUUCCAGGAGGCGAGCUGCCCCGUGGAGCGGCCCAGCGCCCUGCCGGCGUCCUGCGCCGGAGUCAGCAGCAGCAGCAACAGUAGCAGCAGCAGUAACCCCGCCCACUACCACGACCAGCAAACUCUGCCGGUGGACCUGAGCAGCAGCAGUGUGCGCAGCGCUGCUAACAGCGGGGCUAGUUUCCAUGGCAGCACCUCGGCCUUUGACCCCUGCUGCCCGGGCUCCACCUCGCGGCCCCCGGCCUUCGUGUCCGGGGCCACAGCGGGGCCCAGCCAGCCGGCCGUGGUGGACUCCUUCAGCUCGUCCAUGGUGGCCCAGCCCCAGGCCCAGAGCCAGCCCCAGCCCUGCAGGCACUACAUGCACCCCUCCUACGGGUCUCUAGCUCGCUCCCUGCACCACCAGCCCUCCUCCGCCUGCCCCCACUCUCAUGGGAACCCCCAGCUGCCCCCCCAGCCCCCCCCUCAGGCCGACUAUGUGAUUCCUCACACGGUGACCUUUCACCCCCCGCUGCCCUCCCACCCUGCCGUGCCCCCGGCGCCCCCCCCUCACCCCCUGCCCCAGCACCUGCCGGCGGACCACCAGAGCCUCAACCACCACCUGCCGGCCCUGGGGGCCUCGGUGCAGCGGCUCCACCAGCACGAGAUGCUGCAGAGGAUGGAGGUCCAGCGGCGCCGCAUGAUGCAGCACCCCACACGAGCCCACGAGCGCCCCCCUCCCCACCCCCACAGGAUGCACCCCAACUAUGGACACGGACACCACAUCCACGUCCCCCAGACCAUGUCCUCACACCCCCGCCAGCCGGAGCAGAGGACCGCCUGGGAGCUGGGCAUCGAGGCGGGGGUCACCGUGGCUCCGUACCCGUCAGGACACCUCCACUCUCUGCCCCACUACCACCCUCCACCCAGACUGCACCACUUCCCCAUCCCCUUCAUGCACACUGGCAUAUCUGAAGUGACCUACCCUCACAUCCGCUACAUCUCCUCUAGGAUGACCGGCUUCGGGAGAACUUAUGAGGACCUGCUGCACCUGGAGGAGAGGCUGGGCACGGUGAACCGAGGAGCCUCUCAGGGAACCAUCGAGAGGUGCACCUACCCGCACAAGUACAAGAAGAAGGUGUUGGAGAGAGACAUUGACCAACAGUUAACCCCUGAAGCUUGGGCGUCUAUUGGGAAAAAUAUGCACGCAACCCCAGAAUCGAGGAAGCUGCACGGUAAACAGGAGGAAGACGAGGGCGCCGACGAAGACACGGAGGAGAAAUGUACCAUCUGUCUGUCAAUCCUGGAGGAGGGGGAGGACGUCAGGCGUCUACCUUGUAUGCACCUCUUCCACCAGCUGUGUGUGGACCAGUGGCUCCUCACCAAUAAGAAGUGCCCGAUCUGCAGAGUGGACAUUGAGGCGCAGCUGUCUGCUGAGAGUUGAUGCUGUUUUUUUUCUAACAACCCUCCUUUUGUUGAAAAAAUUAUUUUGAGAUCAUAUGAAUUAAUUUUCUCUUCAGUACUGCAGUCAACCAAAGAUGGCAUGAAUUACCUGCGCAGCUCUACUACGAGAAAAUGAAAAGAAAAGAAAACCACCUGAGUAAAAAGCAUCGAGCCUAGAGUGCCAGCUAUCACAUAUUAUUACUACGACGGCUAGAAUUCUCCAUUAAGGGUUUCAGAUUUUAUUGUAUUUAUAAAGCUUUUAUGUAGCUUUUGAUUGUUUCCUCAAGUGUCAUUUUUCUGUUUUGUUUCUCUGCAUGUUUCCUUGCGAUGCAUUUCUUUGCACAUAUACGACAGGUGAGCAGAGCUGCUCUAGUAAAGAUGCAUUCUUUCAACCUAAUGCCUCUAAUGCUUUACUAGAAUAGGAUGUCACCCUCCAGUUGAUUAAAAAAAACAAAAAAACAUUGCAGGAUUCAUUUUACCAAUCAUUGUAUUGAUUAGUUUAUGUUUAGAAGAUGUGGAUUGUUAGUGAAAGAUGUUUUUUAAGUAAAUCAAGACAUUCCUGACUAGGAACUAUGUUAAGAGAUCAGCUGCUGUAUUAGUGCACACCCAGUAUUUCUAGAGUGGAAAUAAAAUGUUCACCUCACUCCCACCAGAUGCACAUGCUUCACUCCGCCACAGCGCCCCCUGCAGGCUGCAACAUGUCGUAUAUAA